CAUAUAUGUCCCCAGGGCACAGUAUAAAGCAUGAUGUGUCGAAAUACGGCAUUGUGCAUUAUACUACUAGCCAAUGGGAAACGCAGUGCCUAGAAUAACAAAUCUAUCAAACACUUAUUUUUAGGGCCGUUGCAGUGCGCUGUGGACAAUGAGACGUUAAAGUCAGGAACCAUAAGCAAAAAAAAAAAAAAACAAUAAAGAUCCUCAUGCUUGCAGGUUACGGUAUAUGCGCAUAAGCCUAGCCUGCACAAUAAGUGACGCAAAUAUGACACGCCAGUGGGAAGGAGAGAGGAAGUUCUUGUAGAACAGGGCAGAUUAUUUUCACACAGCACUUGUGGGCGUCCUAAACUUGGGCUCACGAAAUAAAGUUUACAGUGAAGCAGUUGUUUACCUUCGAGCAAAUAAGGUGGUCAGAAAGAUGACCCCACUUGUCCUCUGUAACCUUCCCGUGAUGCUGUUCAUUAUUUCUACUACAUCGGCAAGUCCCUGUUCAAGGGGACUGGUUUGUGGCUUCAAGGAGGAGCGGAUCUGUCCGAACCCCGAAAGGCCAUGCAGUUGUACAUGUGGUCAUCCUGCUCCUCAACCUUCGCCAUGCGGUGGGGCAAUAAGCAUUGGAGUUGCCUCUGAAAGCUAUAUAGAAGACGACCUCGGUUUGUCCCGUUGUCCGACGCACAGUUGCGGCUGCGACCAGAAAGUUACUUGUUUGCAUACUGUAAACUCGUGCAAAUGCAAAUGCGCGACAAAAUAUGAACACUGCUCGCGUCCUUGGAAAUCUACUUGCCCCGUCGUCUAUUGCCGUGGCGAGCAUACAAAAAGAUGUUUGUGCACCUGCGUUAAUCCGCCGCCUAGCCAUUCCCCGAGCCGGCCCUGCUGUAACCAAGUAAACCAAGCACCCAGACCAUAUCCAAAUUCACCUUGUUGCCAAAAUGGGGCCACAACUGCCGUAGCUCCAGUUCAAGGCCGGCCCUGCUGUCAGCCUAUUGGAGGGGGCCGUUGAUUUAUCGCAGAAAAUGCAACGAGAAAGUUCAAUAAAUCGAGACCGCAGGAAA